GUCCAACGUUAGUAUAAAAAAACGUUUUUAAUUGAUUUAACUCGUACUAUUUAAAAAAAGUGAUAUGCUUUGUUGAGUUUAUUUUAUUUAAAUUGAACUUUUUUUUGUUUGUGUAAAAUAUUAGAAGGAUUUAUGUGCCUAAAUAGCAGUGGAUUUAAAAGUUACAAAUAGAUUUGCUUAAGUUGUUUGACCCUAAAGUAUAUCAAAAGAAAAUGAUUCUUACUUAUGGUGUUUACUUUUUAUUUGCUAUGGUUUUACUUGCAGUUGACGUUUAUAGCUCUUCCUCUGCGUGUAUGGCAGAUCAGUGUAAAUACAUGACAUGUCCUCCUGGUUACAAGUGUGCAGUUAACAUUGGAUGUGGUUGCACGGUCAGCUGCAAAUUAAGUGAACCUAAUAUAGCGAGGGCUUGCGAACACUAUUCUCUUUCAAUCGAUUGCAAAGGAGAUGGUUAUAUUGAAGUGGUAUCAGCUAAUUAUGGAAGAACAGUGUCAACAUUAUGUCCUGGAGGAAACAGUCAAAAUGUUAAUUGCACAAAUGAGUUUAACUCUAUAAAUGUUAUAGCAAGCAAAUGCGAUGGUAUGCCUUCAUGUAAUAUAUUAGCAGAAAAUAGUAUCUUUACUGAUCCUUGUGUUGGAACUUAUAAGUAUCUUGAAGUAAAGUAUUAUUGCAGUUGGUAAUUUAUAGUUUAAUGAUUCAAAAUGAUAAAACAAAUGUUUUUAACUGGUUUAUUUGACAGAUAAAAAAUACUAGCAAAAACCUAUAAAAGUCAAGAACACUUGUUAAUUGGUCAAUGAAAGCAAAAUAUAUAUUAAUUUAAGAAUUUA